UACACACACACGUACUGUGGAUGUUCAACAGGCUGCACACACUCUGAAUGACUGUCUUCGUCUGUCUGGUUUUCUAGCACAGCUGUAAUUGUUUUGGGGAGAUUUUUCAGAAUAAUUACCAAAUAUUUUUGGGGAUAAAAUGUAGCCCAUUCAUUUUUUUUAUUGCUCUUUAUUUUAUUUUAUUUUUUGGGAGACAAAAUCACCAGUAAACAUUUGGGGGGAAAUCAAGCUGAUGAAUCCAGGACAUAUGAUCCACAUCAUGGAUGUGACAAUGGAGGGGAUCAACCUGUCGACGCUCAGAGCUGUGUUACUGGCCUGGGUGACUCUGCUCUUCUCCCUCCACCUGUGGCGGUGGCUCCGGCAGCGCUCUGUCCCGGGGCUGCCCGGUCCUCUCGCCUGGCCGCUCAUCGGCAACGCGGCGCAACUCGGCAAACUACCGCACCUGUACUUCACGCGCAUGGCACAGAAGUACGGCAACGUGUUCCAGAUCCGACUGGGCAGCCGCACCGUGGUGGUGCUGAACGGGGACUCCAUCAAGCAGGCGCUCGUCAAGAAGGGAUUCGACUUCGCCGGGAGACCCGACUUCACCUCUUUCCAGUACAUCUCCAACGGGAACAGCCUUGCGUUUGGCACCUUCACGGAAGGGUGGAAGGCGCACCGCAGAAUGGCGCAGUCCACCGUGCGCAUGUUCUCCACCGGGAACCCGAGCACUAAAAAGACUUUAGAGCAUCACGUCCUGUGCGAGUUCAGGGAGCUGCUGCAGCUGUUCGUGGACAGGACCAAGCAGCACCGCUUCUUCCAGCCCAUGACCUACCUGGUGGUGUCCACGGCGAACAUCAUGAGCGCGUUGUGCUUCGGGCAGAGGUACUCGUACGAGGACGAGGAGUUUCGGCAGGUGGUGGGCAGGAAUGACCAGUUCACCAGGACUGUGGGGGCAGGGAGCAUCGUGGACGUGAUGCCCUGGCUCCAGUACUUCCCCAACCCCAUCAAAACCCUAUUUGACAACUUCAAGAAGCUCAAUCUGGAGUUUGGCGUGUUUAUCCGUGAUAAAGUCCUUGAGCACAGGAAAACAAUCCAGUCGAGCACCAUCAGGGACAUGACGGAUGCUUUUAUUGAGGCGCUGGACCAACUGGGAGAUAAGAGUGCACUCACAGGAGGGAAGGACUACGUGACCAACACUAUGGCUGAUAUAUUUGGAGCAAGUCAAGACACUCUGUCCACAGCUCUGCAGUGGAUCAUCCUCAUACUCGUCAAGUAUCCUGAGAUGCAGCUACGUAUCCAGCAGGAGGUGGAUAAGGUGGUGGACCGCACCCGGCUCCCCUCCAUCGAGGACCAGCUGCAGCUGCCGUACAUCAUGGCCUUUGUUUACGAGGUGAUGCGCUUCACCAGUUUCGUCCCCCUCACCAUCCCACACUCCACCAUCACAGACACCUCCAUCAUGGGCUACACCAUACCAAAGAACACGGUCAUCUUCAUCAACCAGUGGUCCAUCAACCACGACCCAGCCAUGUGGUCCCACCCGGAGACCUUCAACCCCCAGCGCUUCCUGCACCAGAAUGGCGAUCUGAACAAGGACCUGACCAACAGCGUGCUCAUCUUCUCGCAGGGCAAGAGGCGCUGCAUCGGCGAGGAGCUGUCCAAGAUGCAGCUGUUCCUUUUCACCGCCCUCAUCGCCCACCAGUGCCACAUCACCGCGGACCCGACCAGGCCGCUCAAACUAGACUACGACUAUGGUCUGACACUGAAACCUCAUGCCUUCUCCAUAGCAGUAGCCCUGCGUGGACAAAUGUCGCUGCUAGACGAGGCUACGAGGGGCAGAAGUGCAGAGGAGGUCAAAGGCGAGCCCUCAUCAGACUCACAAACAAAAACUAAAUGAAAUUAAAACUAUAAGAAGCAUUAAAAAUGAAGGCUGAAACAAAAAAGACUUGUGCAGACUUGUGUCGCUCAUGUUUGUGGGCUAAAACUGUAUUUAUAACCUGAAAUCUGAGGAUAAAUUCUUAUCCUCUAAUGUUGAGAGUGAUUUAACAGUUCCGAUCACCGAUUACUGAUUUCUAAGUAUUGUAGCGCCAGACGGAAACAGAUGUGUUUCACAGGAGACAUGGUGUGUAGUGCAGACACGCAACGUCUCAUGCAAGCAGCAGUUCACCUGGGAGGAAUCUCCUCCUACAUCAGACGCAAUAUGACAAACCACUUAGGAAACAUAGCAUCGUCAAUUGAUUCAUCAAGGUGGAGGACUCAGCUGCGCAUCACCAGCAAACAGCCUCAGCCUCGACGCAGGCAAACUGGCCUUACAAGUCUGAACAGCUGCUGGAGAGCGCUGAGGAAUUUAUAGGGGACUUCAUGUUGUUGUUGUACUCUCUAUUAACAUUUUGUCAUCAGAUAAGAAUAAGGAAACAUUUUAUCUUUUCAGGAAUCCCUUUAAUUUAGCCACCAUUUAUAUUCACUUUUUAUACGUGGUUUUACUCCAGAUCCUUUAAAUGUCAUUCCAAACUUCUCAAAACAAACAUAAAGAUGUGAUAUUUGAAGGUUAAACAGCCAAAACUGGAGUUUCAAGAUUUCUUUGUGGCACUUUGUCACCAAAGGUUAGACCGACCAUUCAGUGAAUCUACAUAAACAGGUGAAUAUGCUCAUGUCUACUAACAUAAACUACAUAUAUAUCUAGUUUAAAAAAUAUAUAUAUAUAGUAUAAAAGCAUAGUUACUCAGGAAUAAGGUGUGUGAAACUGAACAUACUGUUUUAGCUACAGUGCUUUGUACAGUCAUAUAAUAUAUUCUGAAACCUACUGUAAUCGUUUGACUGGAGUGUAAAGGGUACGCUCUGGUGUGGCAUGCACCUAUAUGAAAAUUCUAUCAGUGUUAUUUUGGCUCUUUUUUUUGUAUACACCGAUUUGUAGGAUGCUGCUCUAUGGAAACAACCAUCACCCUUCAUCAUCUAAUUUCCAUACUCAAGAUGCCAGUAACCAAAUGAUUUGGUCUUCCUGUUGUUCAUUUACAGAAACUUUCAUGCACUUGCUGUCUCAGCGAGACUGACGCACUGACUUUAAAGUCUUGGAUUUGAGCGUUUGUUAGCGUAUGACCAAAGUGUUUUGGAGCUAGAGUAGCACCCAGCAGAGUCUAUACCUCUGCCAAGGCCCAACUUCAAUUCAGUCAGCUGCAACAAAUGUCAUACAAUCACAUAUCAGUCCUUUAAAUGGACCUGAUGUUAAAGAAAGUGAAAAAAAUCCAGUAUCCACCCCCCCGAUUUGAUCUGCACCAACCUUCAUGGGUUCUUCACUGUCCCAUGCACCAGAUUCUUCCACCAGGUUUUAUGGAAAGUUUGUAUUUCUGUGUAAUCUUGCUUACAAACAAAAACAACUAACCUGAACAGAUGGGUGAAAACACAACCUCCUCAGUGGAGCUAAUAAUGGAAGGCCAGCCUCUUCAUUGAAAGCCGCAGAGAGGUCUUCCCACUGGCUCUGGUCGAGGAAAGGGGAUGAGUGGUGUAGUGCGCUACCUGGAUACAAGUCAGGGCCUGAUGUCAAGACCUGAAACACCUGAUGACCUCAGGUUAAACACUGACGACGUGUCCAGGCUGCACCUCCAGGUGUGUCAUUGAACCAGAAGAGGUUAUUCUUCUAAAUAUCACGUGACUUCAGUGGAUCUGUUAUAAAUUGUUUGUACGUCUGAGACCCUUCCUUUAAAUUUAGGAUGAUACCUUCAUGGUGAUCUAAUAAGUUAUGAUUUGAUGGAGUCUAAUGAAUCUACGACUCUGGCGUGUUGGCCUCUGUAUAUGUAAGAUGUAAGUGUACUGGUGAACCCAGCAUGCUCACAUGGGUUACUGUACCUAAGCGCUGGCAUAAAAAUAAAGUUUAAAAGCUAAAGCCCAAGAAAUACCUCAAAUCCAAACUGUACACUAUCUUUACCUCAAAUGCUUCUUUUUACAGAACUAAACUUAGAUGAGUGAAAGGUUAAAGCUGACCUACCAUUUAUUACCGCUCAGUCUAGCAUUGCAGUACUUUAAGCUUCUGACUACACACAUAACUGCUGCUGUGAAUUUUGCUCUUCUGAGUAUUUCCUCAAGCCACUUGCCUGAAAGUUUGUUUGCAAUAUUGUAAUAAACAGACAC